AUGAACCAACUUCAAAUUGAAGAACUUCAACGUAAGUUAUAAAAAUUGUAACUUGAACGAAUGAAUGAAGAUUCAUCAGAUGAAGAGCCAACAUUUUAGUCUGUUUAAGGAAAACCUAAUGAUAAAUAACUUUUCUAAAACCUCUCAAUAGAUAGUUUUGAAGUGUACACAACAUUAGGUACAGGCACUUUUGGACGUGUUAAACAAGUUCGUAUAAAACGUGAUCCAAGUCGUUAAGUUUAUGCAUUAAAAAUAAUGAAGAAACAUGAUAUCAUUAAAUUAAAAUAAGUGGAUCAUAUAAAAUCAGAGAAGAAUAUUUUGAAUGAAAUCUAACAUCCAUUUUUAGUAUAGUUAAAAGGUUCAUUUUAAGAUGCUAAAUGCAUUUAUAUGUUAUUUGAAUUUGUAUCAGGAGGUGAAUUAUUUUCUCGUUUAAGAAAAGAUGGCAGAUUUAGUUAAGAUAUUACAUUAUUUUAUGUAUCAGAGAUAUUGUUGGCAAUUCAGCAUUUACAUAGAAAGGAUAUUGUUUAUAGGGAUUUAAAACCAGAAAAUUUAUUAAUUGAUAGAGAAGGACAUAUAAAAAUAGCAGAUUUUGGAUUUGCAAAGAAGAUUAAAAACAAUCAUACUUAAACAUUGUGUGGUACACCUGAAUAUUUGGCUCCUGAAUUAAUUUAAGGUGCAAAAACAGGAUAUGGAAAAUCUAUAGAUUGGUGGGCAUUAGGAGUAUUAAUAUUUGAAAUGUUAGCAGGGUAUAUAAUUAAAUAUAAUAAAUUAUUUAGACAUCCUCCUUUUUAUGAUAUUGAGCCUACAAAUAUAUAUAAGAAGAUUUUAAAUGGAGUUAUAGAAUUUCCUAAAUUUUUACAUGUAAGAGCCAAAGAUGUUAUAAGAAAAUUAUUAAAUUCAGAUGUUAAUAAAAGAUUGGGUGUUGAAGAUGUAAUUUGAUUUUGUUAAAUUAGGAAGGUGCAGCUUUAAUGAAUCAUAAAUUCUUUAGAGGUGUUCCAUGGUAAAAAGUAUAUGAAAAGAAAAUCCAACCUCCAUGGAUUCCUUUUUUAAGAAAUGAAACAGAUUCACAAUGGUUUGAUAAGUAUCCAGAAGAAAGGGAUGAUAUUCAACCAAUAGAUGAUGAAAAAUAACAUAUGUUUGAUGAUUUUUGA